AUGACACCCAACGAACGCACACGCAUCCUACGCUCUACACGCAAACUCGGCGCACUCCUCGGCACAACGCCCCAAUGCGAGUUUGUGCACACACACAAUAAGCAGAUGUCCCUCUCUCUCGUCCCAGGCACUGGCCCAGCCCUCGUCCUCCGCAUACACACAGCUGCUCUCCCUACCAAUGAGCACGGUCCGCUCUCCCCCAUCUCCCCCGUGCACGAGCGAAAGCCCGACGAGCGACGGAAGCGAAUGGCCAAACUCGCUCGUACAUUCGGCGAGAACGUCCCGCCCGAACUCGUGUCGUCCACUCCUGCACGCCGCGCUAGACGCCGCAGUUGCAGUAUCGACACCAUACUCUCUCCCCUCCCCAAACGCGCUCCACUACCUUCCUUUGAGGAAGAACCGGAGGAGCUCGAGCAAGUGUCAGACGACUCGGAGACUCCCCUCCUUCCCCGUAAAUUCUCUCGCUCAGCGUCUGUCCGCGCCACUCCCAAAACACCCGUCGUUAAAGACGAGGUCCGCUCACAUAGCGUUGACGAGGGCGAGCGCAGGCAUUUUCAAGUUGUCGAUCGCAGUCAGUAUUGGGGCCGCCGCAAGGAAAAGGGCUGGUCGGGAGAGUGGAACCGUCGCGAUCGUGAGGAUGUCCUUAUGCAAUUACGGGCCCUAAAGGCUUCCCUUUAA